AGGGGCGGGAAUCAGCGGCCUCGGUGGCGGUCGUGGACACGUCGAGCCCGGCAGAAGUGGAGGGGGCUUCGGAAGAGUCGCGGGGGUGGUGACGGGUUAAGGUUCUAAGAGGGAGGUGCCGGUGGCGAAACUCGAUCUGGAAGAAUCUUCUGCUGACUCAACUUUUCCUGGAAACCUGGACCAUUCCCACCAUAAAGAGAUAAGCCACAUGGCUCACAACACUACAACAGUACCUUCUCACCAUCAUCACCCAACCACUUCAGCCUCCCACUCCCACUCCCAUGGCGGGGGAAUGGGCGACAUGAUGAUGCAUAUGACCUUCUACUUCGGCUUCAAGAAUGUGGAGCUUUUGUUUUCUGGUUUGGUCAUCAAUACAGCUGGAGAAAUGGCUGGAGCUUUCGUGGCAGUGUUUUUACUAGCCAUGUUCUAUGAAGGACUCAAGAUCGCCCGAGAGAGCCUGCUGCGCAAGUCACAAGUCAGCAUCCGCUAUAAUUCCAUGCCCGUCCCAGGACCAAAUGGAACCAUCCUCAUGGAGACACACAAAACUGUUGGGCAACAGAUGCUGAGCUUUCCUCACCUCCUGCAAACAGUGCUGCAUAUCAUCCAAGUGGUCAUCAGCUACUUCCUCAUGCUCAUCUUCAUGACCUACAACGGCUACCUCUGCAUUGCGGUAGCAGCCGGGGCCGGCACUGGGUACUUCCUCUUCAGCUGGAAGAAGGCAGUGGUCGUGGACAUCACAGAGCAUUGCCAUUAACGUUAAACUCCAUGGUGCGGCCUUAUCGAUUGCAGUGGGAAGCAGUUCAAGACUGAAAGACAUGAUUCCUACUCGUCUUCCCUUCUCGCUCCUUAUCUCCUUACACACACACACACACACACACACACACACACACACACACAGCCCUUCUCAACAGAGGUUUAGCCUACAGUCUCUGAGCUAAAGUGAUAAUCUCCCUGUUUUUUUCCUAAUGAGCUGAGAUUCCCUCAGGAGAUGCCCUCCCUCCCCCAUCAUCCUAGAUCCAAAUUAUAUGUUCUUGUCCAAACCAGGUAGCUUUCUGUUCAGUGACUUGAUCACCUGCUUCCUUUUGAGUCUCCUGUUUUAUUUGGAGAAUAGACAGAAUGUGAAUUUGGUGGGUUUUUUCCUGGGCCAGUGAUGGAGAGAGAUUCACUUCAGCUAGGAUUGAUGGCAACUGAGGGAAAUUCUUGUCCCACUAAACCCAGAACCCAAACUUAACAUUGAAAAGUGAGUCCCAGUCUUUGUAUGCAAGGAGUAUGAAGUACAUUGUGCCUUUUGGUGUGAUGUGUGGUACUGAAAUCUUGGUAAUUUGCAGAAGGGUCGUUUGAGACUAAAUAUGGGCCUGGAGCUUGCAAAAGUGUGUGUAUAUUCUUGGGUGGCUGACUCAUCAGCUUGUGUUCCUACUUAACAUUUUGAUCAGAAUGAACUUGUCAAUCAAAAAAAGAAAUGAUGACAAUCAAUUUGAGAAAAAUAGAAAUAGAUAUUUAAAAAAUAAAACCAUUGAUAUUUUACUUUUGGUACCUUGGAUUAUCGCAGCUGAAUGAAACAAAAGAGUGUGAAUUGUUUUCUUUUGUUACUGUCUUCACAUGUUGGCCUCUAAACCAGUGGUUUUUAAACCUUAGCCUGCAUCAGAAUCACAUGGAGGGCUUGUUAAAACAAGUGUUAAAACACUAGUUUCUGGGCCUCAACCCGGAGCCCCAAAAUUGGCAUUUCUAACAAGUUCCCAGGUGAUGUUCCUGCUGAUGGCUGGGGGACCACACUUUGAGAAUCUCUGCUUUAAACUAAAGAAGUGUCACCAGGUGAGGUGAGCUACUUGGUACUGGGCACAGGAAUUUGAGUUGACGAUUGGUAGGUGGUAUGUCUAAGCUUCACUCGUGUAUUAAAUACCAGCACUCGUGCUGGUCAAUACUUAAUCAUUCCACAAAAGUAUUCAGCUCCAGGUUUGUGUACGUGUGCCCGGGGCCUGUGCCCAAAGUAACUUUUACCAGUAUGUAUGAAAUCACUAGUCUUUAAAGGUCUGUGGUUUCUUGGAAGUAGCUGGAAGAUUGAGGAAGGCCUUUGAUCUGCAGUAUAAAAUCAGCCAGUCAUGGGUCAGAAGGGCAGAAGCCCAGCCCUCCCUUUGGAAAGGUAUAGGGUAUGGUCUGCUGAUGACCAGAUUUUCCUCAGGGCCCAGCAUCCAUGUCCAUACCAAGCAGAUCCUCGUCUUCUCUGUGACUGUCUUUGUUACUCUUGGGGGUUUCGAUAGAUCACAUGUGGCCAAACCUCUUUUUCUCAAUGAAGAACCAUACUGGAUUUUUAUUCUGUUCUGUUGUGAGUUUACACUACAGUCUGGUCCCCAGUCCAGACAACCUGUGUGAAGUGACUCUUCCCGUGUUAGUCUGUUAAUCCUGCCCUCCUUGGUGCUAGACUCCAAUCGUGCCUCAGGGCAGAGGACACAACACACAACUAUUCUUUUGGCCUCUGUUGUGGUUUUGGAGUUUGUACGUUCUCUGUGGGUGCCAGUUAAAUAUUGGAGAGCAAGGAAUGUGUACUUCCGUGGCUUUAAACCAAGAGAAGGUUACGAGCUUACCCAGAUCAGGGGUAAAAUCUGAGAACCAACAUUUAGAGUUUUGUGCUUUUCUCUCAUUCCAACCCCUCGUGGGGCUGCUACUUCGCAUGAGCGCGGUGCAUGACGGGUAGUGACAGAGUCCAACAUGAAGGUGUAAAGUCCCAGUUAUUAUCUCAGAAGCCAAGGAAUAAAAAAACGUGAAAUAAAAGAAGACUCGAUGGAAUAGUGACCCUGGUGCUUGCUCUCUAGAAAUCUUGGCCUGAGCUGCUAUAAAACACCCUUUCAGAAACUGGACCUUAUCAGUAAGGUAAGAAAAAUCAAGGCCAGUUAAGACAAAAUGCUGUGAAUUUGAAACUCAAUGGAGAAACAUCAGUCUGGGAUAGGUUUUCAGUGUUUAUGACGGAGUGUCACAAAAAACCUGAAUUCCAGCAGUUCUUAGAUUACAUUGCCAAAGGACGAAGUUAUGAAGGAGAAAAAAUUUAAAGCUUAAAUUCUAUCUUUCUUGAGCUCUUGGAUUGUGAUAAUGAUCUCAUUGACUUUCAUUUCUGUAUCCCUGUUGAUUUGGAAUUUAGUGCCUGACUUCUUUGUUCUUUUGGAUCCAAAAGAACCAAGAUCCAAAAGAUCCAAAAUCUUUUCCUCCUUCGUUGUUCACAUGUCUUAGAAGCCUGUAUCCCCAUUUCUUUGGCCCUUUAUUCUUUCCUUUCCCUUUCUUUCAGUUUAAUCCCAUGUGUCUAGUUUAUGAAAUCUCCCUAGCCCUCCUGAGGCGGUGGAGAUAGAUACCAACCAGAAGUUGUGAAACUUAGUAGAGACCUGACGUACCCUUCAGGGAGAAAUUGUCCUGUUGGAAUUGCUAGAAGGCUGCUAAAGGGCUACCUACUGGUUCAAUCCGCAGAGUCACAGAAUCUUAACUGCUAUCUCCAGUCUAUGUUAGAGGAACACUCAGCCCCUCAUUGCCCACAAAUGGGGAAUCCUCUGUGUCCACCAGGGAAUUCGAAAUUAAGGUUUCUUCACUACUUCUAUGGUAGGGCUGUCUGGAAUUCUAUUUCAGACUGUGAGGCUCUGGGCUUGGGUUCUAGCCACAAGGGGUUUCUUAUAAGGAGCUGGAAGGGGAGGGGGCAGGGGUUACACGUUCAUGUCAUUUCAUUUUGAUCCUGCUCUCUCCAGCUGCUUCUUUCAGAAGAUACAUCUAAAGAUACACAGUCUGCAUUUGAUAUAAUGCCUUAAUCACUGAGUCUACAAUUCAUGUUGACCAUUUUAGAUUGUAAGCUCCUGGAGAGCAGUAUUGCUGUAGUAGGAAUAUUUUAACAGUGUCAUAUGUAACAGAACAAAAUAAAUAUUUUGAUU